AUGGAGGGUCAACAGAAUCAGCCUCCGAAUGGACACCCACAGUUUCGUCAACAGCAGCUUCCUUCCCAAGCGGUGCCACCAGGUCUGAAUCCGGGAAACAGUCCACCCGGUCAUCAACAGCAGUACCAUCAGCAGCCGAUUUUUACCCAGGGAAUGACGGCGGAUAGUGUCAUCGUACAAAUUUUGCAACACCUUCAGCAGCAACAGGCAGUAACAAACCAGCUUCUCCAGCAGCAGCGUGAAGGCACACAUCAACAGCAGGAGUUCCUGCAACAGCAGGAAGCGCUUUUCCGGAAUGCGAUGUCAUCAAUCAACUUUGAUCCUGAGAACCACUGUACUUUCGCUGCCUGGUACGCUCGAUACGAGGACCUCUUCGCCGAGGAUGCGCACAGACUGGAUGACGAUGCUAAAGUGAGGUUACUUCUGCGCCGCCUGGGAACCAAUGAGCACUACAGAUACGUGAGCUACAUAUUACCAAGUACGCCGAAGGAUUUCACGUUCGACGUAACGGUUCAGAAGCUUACAGCACUAUUCGGGACCACAGAAUCAAUGGUGAAGAAACGCUACAGUACGCUCACCAUCGCUAAAACCCCGACUGAAGAUUACGUCACUUUCGCGUGUCGGGUAAACAAAAUGUGCGUAGAAUUCGAGCUGAAGAAGAUGUCCGAGCAACAAUUUAAGUGCCUAAUGUUCGUUUGUGGUCUCAAGGGUGAGUGUGACGCCGAUGUACGUACCAGGCUGUUGGUGAAGAUUGAGAGCAACGAUGAUGUCACCCUAGAGGCGAUGAUUGAUGAAUGUCAGCGGCUGAUCAAUCUAAAGAACGAUACAGCGAUGAUUGAAGGUCCAUCCGGACAGGUGCAAGCAAUCAAAGGAGGUUCACAUCAUCAUCAGAGGAAGUUCCAGAAGCGGUCAACAGAACGAUGGAAAGGUUCUCUAGUGCCGGAAGAGGUGAAGAAGAUUCCUGCGACUCCGUGCUGGAACUGUGGUGCGAUGCACUACUCGAAGCAUUGCAGUUUCCGCAACCACAGAUGCAACGAAUGUAGGCAGUUAGGCCAUAAGGAGGGCUACUGUUCAACAACGAAACGUUCGUCCAAACCAGUGAAGCAGCGCAACAGGAAGGUUUCUACCAAAACCAUCGCACUUUCCGUGGGCAACGUCCAGAGCAAGCGACGGUUCGUGCAGGUAGAAAUCAAUGGUGUUCCAGUGCGCCUACAAUUGGAUACGGCAUCGGAUAUCACAAUUGUGUCCGAGCAGGUCUGGAAGCAGCUGGGUCAGCCAACAACGGUGCCGGCAACACAGAUCGCAAAGUCAGCGUCGGGUGAACAGCUCGAUCUGCAGUACGAGUUUGCAUGUGAGGUAUCAUUCAACGGGUCAGCGCAGCAGGGCAGGAUUUUCGUCUCCAAGUGUUCGCUCAACCUACUGGGCAUCGACUUCAUCGACAAAUUCGAUCUUUGGUCACUACCGAUGGACAAUUUCUGCAACCAUAUCAGUGGUGUACCUGUAGAUGUAAAUUCAUUGCAGAAGGCGUACCCGAAGUUAUUCAGCAAUACAUUGGGGCUGUGCAAUAAGGCCAAAGUCAAGCUAGUUUUAAAGGAAUCCUGUCGACCAGUUUUCCGCCCUCGUCGACCAGUUUCCUAUGCUAUGCUACCAACAGUUGACGAAGAGCUCGAUCGUCUGGAACGGUUGAAUAUUAUUUCACCUGUAAAUUACUCCGAGUGGGCGGCUCCAAUAGUGGUUGUUAGGAAGGCGAACGGCAGCAUACGCAUUUGUGGGGACUACUCCACUGGGCUCAACGAGCGGCUCCAAUCUCAUCAAUAUCCGCUCCCGCUUCCACAGGACAUUUUCUCCAAACUGGCCGGUUGCAUCGUGUUCAGCACAAUCGAUUUGUCUGAUGCUUUCCUACAGAUGGAAGUCUAUGAUAGUUCACGCCGUAUGCUCACAAUAAACACGCACCGGGGGUUGUAUGAAUACAACAGAUUACCACCCGGAGUGAAGGCAGCACCAGGGGCAUUUCAGCAGAUGAUUGAUACCAUGCUGGGCGGACUUUCGGAUACCUCUGGCUACUUGGACGAUGUUAUCGUCGGAGGCAAGAAUGCUGAAGAGCACCAACGAAAUCUGCACACCGUUUUACAGCGGAUUCAAGAAUUCGGUACUUGGGAUUUCUGUUAG